GCAGGAUUCCCUUCACAGAGGAGUGGAUUUGGUUCAGCACACACAGGGACCUUUCAUGCUGCAUCAGUACAUCUGAUCAAGUUGAUAUAAGACUCCAAGUUUGAACAUAUUCUUUCUUACUGGGAUCAAGAUGAAGGAGGCAUGGUUUUCUUUCAUGAAUCAUUGAAGGUAAAGACCAAGGGAGAAAGAACAGACUGGAAAUUACCUCGAACAUGGAGACAUUCCUGUUAGCAGGCAACUGAGGCAGACCGCGUUCAUAAUGUCGAUGAACAUAUUCCUGCUGCUCCUUAUCUGGGCUUUCAGGGUCACAGAGACAACGACAGACGUCUGGAGACAGUGCACAGAAUUAGUUCCCUUGGAUCUUCUGUCUUUUGUCCUUGAGAGGGACACAUCCAGAGUUGUCCCUGGGGUGCGUUUGAAGCAGUCAGCUGGACUGAGGGGGGUCCAGUUUCUCAGCCCGGAUACAUCUAUGAGCUUCCUUGCCUCCCAGCUCCUGGUGAACUGUGACCUUUUCCCCAAAGAGUUCUCCAUUGUUGUUACAGUAAAAGUACACCGCAUUGCACCCAAGAGAGAUGAGUACAUAUUUUCUCUGAUGGGACCAAAACAUGUGGAGAGCCCUGCACAGGAGAAGGAUGAUGUAUUGGAAAAUAAAAAUGAGAAAUUUAUUUCGGAAGAUGAGCGGCAGCCCAAUAGGAAGAAGAAAAAGGAAAAUGAUGGGAAACCAGGAGAGAUCCUUCUUGGCCUGAAAUUAUCCCAGAAUGGCCUGACCUUUAUUUUUAAAAGUCACGGGAAAACAGCAGAGCACUGGAGCUUACAAGGUCUGCAUCUAUCUCCAAACCAGUGGCACACACUGGUUGUAGUUAUUGGCCCUCAACACAUGAAGCUGACAGUGGACUGCAGUUCACCAUUGGAAAUUGUUCCCUCGAGGCCUUUCCUCUCAGAUCUCAGCAUUCAGGGAUCCAGAUUCCACAUUGGCAGUCGGGGGAGAUGGAAAGGCUUGUUUUCAGGCCUGAUGCGACAACUGGUUCUCGUGCCAAACACGGAUGCCUCCCGUCAGAUCUGCCCGUCUUCUGACCCCCAGCUUACAGCUCUGUCAGUUCCCCCUCUGCUCUUAGACCUGCCUGUCAGAAAGAGGCAGAAUGACAGACAUGCAACUUCCUCUGGAACUGCAGGACGACUGUUGGUGGGUUUGGAGAAGCCAUGCUCUGCAUUGCUGCAAGGCCAGCUGUGGUUUAAUCCUCUCAAAAAAGGACUUUAUGUCUGUGAUGGAUCAGUGUGGAUCACUGUGUUGGAGGACCAUAAAAGACUGGACUAUGUUUUGGAGCAUCAGGACCUUAUAACCAGCUCUGAGACUCAUGAUGUGGAGGUGUUUCAGAUCCAGGGCGUGGGUCUUAUGGCUGCUAUGGCUCACAGAUCCUCAGCCUCUGGUUCAGCUGUGUAUCUCUGGACCCAAUUGGGUUUCAAGCUCUACCAGAACAUCAGCACUUAUGGAGCUCUGGCUUGGAAACAUUUCCAAAUAGGAAAGAAGGCUUAUCUUGUGGUGUCAAACUCUGGGACUGAAAAAAACAAAUCUUUAGAGAAAGAGUCUGAAUCGGACUCUUCUGUGAUUUAUAAAUGGAGCAGAAGAAGAAAACAGUUUGUGAAGUUCCAGACCCUGCAGACCUACUGCGCUCGAGACUGGGAGGCUUUUAACAUUAAUGACCAGACAUAUCUUGCUGUGGCCAAUCACAGAAAGGGAAACAAUAAUCACACCAUAAGCAGCGUGAUUUAUAAGUGGAACAGAUCAACAAAGUCUUUUGAGGUCCACCAGAAGCUGAUCACUUUGGGAGCCUAUGACUGGGAGUUCUUCAAAGUUGGACCGUACCAUUUCCUAGUGGUGGCAAAUGCUUUUGAUGGAGUGUCCAUGUCUGUGGACUCUGUAAUCUAUGUUUGGAUCCAUGGAAGAUUCCAAGUGUUCCAGAGAAUCAAGACAUUCUGCGCCACAGACUGGGAAAUGUUCCAGAUUGGCAGCAGAGUAUUUCUGGUUGUAGCUAAUGGUCAGAGACUGGAGGGCAAUGGACCCGACCAGUACACCGUCAACUCAACCAUCUAUGAGCUUGACAUGAGUGGACAGCUAUUUGUUCGCUUCCAGGAUAUAGUUACCUACAGUGCUUUGGAUUGGGAGUUCUUCAGCCUCGGGGAAGAAUAUUUCUUGGUUGUUGCAAACUCAUAUAAUGGAGAAUCCUACUCUCUCAACAGCAUUCUUUACAGGUGGCAGGGAUAUGAAGGAUUUGUUCCUGUUCACUGGCUCCCAACGAUCGGAUGCAGUGACUGGGAGUUUUUCAGCACUAAUGGAGAAUCCUUUCUGAUCUACUCCAGUGCCACAGAGCCUUUCUCCAAAGUUUUCAAGCUCAGAACCUACUAAAACAGAGUGCAAAUGGCUUUGUGUUUUCAAUUACUUUAUGAUGUAUUGUGGUCAUGUAAAUGUUUUAAUAUAUCUUUGUAUAUACUGGAGAGUUUAUGUUUUAUAGACACAAUUUAUUUUCAAACAAUUGAACAGAAUUAAUAAAAAAAAAGAACUUUACCAAAGCUUUCAUGCAUUGAUAAACCAUUAAUUGCCUCUUUAUAAAUGGCAAAACUUUUAUCAUAUCAUCAUUUUAACACAUGAUGUGGAUUUAUUCUUUAAAUAUUAUGGGAAACAGAUAAAAGCUCAAGCCCUCAAAUUAUCAUAUUUCAAUAACAGCGAUUUAUAGUAUGCCUUUUAAUGUUAUAUUUGUACAUUUUUUUAAUUAAUUUGAUGUGUGUAUCCCAAUGUAGCACCUUUAUGGCAGAAAGAUAUAGGAAAAAAUAUGCAGAAAAAAAAUUCUUUGCAUGUCUGUAUGUUCAUGUUAGCUUGCAAAAAUAUUUUUGUCAUUCUUAUGUUUAUUUCUAUUUAAAAUAUACUUGAAAAUAUGCUUUUGUUUUUACUUUUUGCAGUUAAGAUUUCUACAUUUAUUUAUUGCUUGUAGGAGGCAAUGUUUUUAGUGUUGUAAUGAUUUAAAAAUGUUUUUAAUAUAUCUAAACAUAUCUAAUUGAAAUAUUUCAACCACACAUUUUUUAAUUAUUACCCUCACUCCCCUGCUGUUCUUAAAUGUUUAUGUUUUGUAUUUUUUCAUGGAUUUGUCAAUAUAAAUGUAAAAGAUUAUAAAAUCGACAGAGGUAACUCAUGUAAUAUGAGGAUGUCGUAGGGAAACGACUGUUCCAACACAACCUUUGUUUUAUUUGGUGAGUCAUUUAACUGUGAUCUUAAACUUUGCUGGACAGCAGCUUUUUAUGGAGAACCAUUUCUGCCAUAAUUAAAAAUAAAUACAGAAAUAAAUAAAUGCUCCAAAAAUAAAUAAGCAUUCAAUUAAUUGCCCGCAAAAAAUACAAUAAACAAAUAAAUGUAGAUACAAAUUAAAUUAUAC